AGGACUAAUAAUAGCCUCCACUAACAAAAGAGACAGGACAGAGUGAUGCAGUGGGAGGUGCCGUUAAAUAGAGGGUCACCAAAUUGUUGACUUCAUCUCUUGUCUGUCCAUCUGGCAUUUCUCUCCUGCUGCUGACGCCGAUAUAUCUUUUCAGCAGGAUGCCUGAGCACGUGCAAGAAAGGAAACCAAAGAUCUCAGCUUCCAGAAAGCUGAUGCUUAAGAGUUUGAUGGUGGCUAAGGCCAAGGAGGAAUUGGAGCAGGAGAUCCUGGAUAAAGAGGAGGAGAAACACAAGUAUCUGUCAGAAAGAGCUCCUCCUCUAAACACCAGUGGCAUGAGCCUUUCAGACCUGCAGAACCUGUGCAGAGAGCUCCAUGCCAAGAUCGACGUGGUGGAUGAGGAACGAUAUGACAUUGAAGCCAAAGUCAUGCUCAACACGCGUGAGAUUAAGGACCUCAACAUCAAGGUGUUGGACCUCAGGGGGAAAUUCAAGAGACCUAAUCUCCGACGUGUGCGUGUGUCUGCUGACGCCAUCCUUCCGCUGCUGGGCUCCAAGCACAAAGUCUCCAUGGACCUCCGAGCCAACCUCAAGUCUGUCAAGAAAGAGGACACCGAGAAGAAGAGGCCAGUGGAAGACAGUGACUGGAGGAAGAAUGUGGAGGCCAUGUCGGGGAUGGAGGGAAGGAAGAAGAUGUUUGAUGCCGCUAAGGGUUCUGCCCAGUAAACUCAAAAGGAGUCAGUGUGUCAUCAGAGGAGCCAUCGUCAUGCUCCUGAAUUAGUUUUGCUCUCCUGCAUUUCUUCCUUCAUUCUUGUGUUUGCUCCAAUCAUGGAGGUGAACAAAAUGCCCUUUGCCCCAGAAAAGUCUUUCUGCACUUCUCAUAAGAACUGAUCUGAUGUCUCUUCAGUAAUGUUCUAUCUCUGCGGCACUCAGAAUGUUUAAAUAUAUCGAUUAAUAAUAUGAAAAUGACUUUGAAGCUUACUUGGGGAUGUACUGUAAGCAUGACCUGAACAUAUGUGAACUGCAAACACUGGCAUGAACUCAACUGGCUGGAUAGAAGUGGAGAUGUUUUCACAAUAAAACAGGCUAAAUCAA